AUGUGCUUCAUGUGCGAGCAUCAGUGGGACGCGACCAGCGGAGUUGUUGAAGCGGACACGGAGCUACCAGAAGGAGAGGAGGUUGCGGAGGUCUCCGUCGCAGGGGUUCGGGUCAAGAGGUGCCCCAAGUGCCGCGAGUACAUCGAGAAGAACGGCGGCUGCGAUCACAUGACCUGCCGCUGUGGCCACCAGUUCUCGUGGUCAACGCUGAAGCCCUGGCCCCCCUAA